AUGGCGGGCGAUCAACCGACAACAACACCAUCCAAUGUGACAGCCCCUCGUGAGAUCAAAAAGCGCAAGCGAGAGCCACCCACCACCUCCCGUCUGACCGCCAACAAAUCCGCCCGCACCAGCACCCCGAACGCCUACUCCCGCCGCACCCCUCCACCGGAACCCAAACCAAUCGACUCCGACGACGAUGAGGUCAACACCCACCGCCGCUCCUCUCCCGCCCGCCAACUUAAGCGCCCCGGCGCCGGCGCCCGCAUAGCCCGCGAACAACGCGAAGCCGCCGAACUCGCCCGACGCAAACGAGAAGAUGACGAGCGGAGACGAGCUCUUUCCGACCGCCUCCCCACUUCGGGAGCAGAAUUAGUAGCAGAACAUUACAACGCCGUCCCCGAGCGCGGACGCGAGUGGAGGAAGACGGAUAGUCAAAUCAAGGGACUGCGGUCACUGAAUAACUGGAUCAAGAGUACGCUGAUUCAGAAGUUCUCUGCCCCCGACGUCGUACCGCAGCAUGGCAUGACGGUGUUGGAUAUGGCGUGCGGGAAGGGAGGGGAUUUGGGGAAGUGGGAGAAGGCCCCUGUCGUGCCGAGGUUGUAUGUCGGGUGUGAUGUGGCGGAUGUGAGUAUUCAGCAGGCGAGGGAGAGGUAUGCGGAGAGCGUGCGGAAGAGUUCGGGAAGAGGGAGACGGGGGGUGAUGGAGGCACAGUUUUAUGUCCAUGAUACCUUUGGCAAAAGUCUCGUCGAUGUUCCGAUUAUACGACAAGUUGGUUUCGAUCCGAAUGCGGGACCUGGACCGGGUGUUAUUCAAGGGGGCAUGAUGUCUGGCGGGUUUGAUGUGGUGAGCAUGAUGUUCGCGCUGCAUUAUUCUUUCGAGAGCGAGGCGUUGGCGAGAGGGAUGUUGGGGAAUGUGGCCGGGGCGUUGAGGAAAGGGGGGAAGUUUAUUGGCGUUAUGCCGGAUAGUGAUGUGAUUUCGGCGAGGGUGAAGCGGUUGUUGCAGGUGGAGGGAGGGGUUGCGGCGGGGCAGACGCAGACGCAGACGCCUACGCCUGUGGGUAAGUCUGUGACGCCGAAAGAGAAUGGAGUCGUGGACGGGGUCAAAGCCGACGAUGAGGACGGCGAAUGGGACCCGGAGAAGCCAGCUGAUGCCAAUGGUGAGGUGGAGGCGGAGGCGGAGGUGGAGGCAGACGACUGGGAUCCGGAGAAGCCUAGUGAUCCCGCGCCUGCCACUACAAACGGCACAACAACAACCUCUGCCGAAAAUGCCGAAGACGGUGACGAUGACUGGGACCCGGAAAAGCCCUCCGACUCGGCCCUUCCAGCCCUAGAAACUCUCACGAACGGCCCUACCCAUCCAAAUGGCACUUCACCCACCCCACAGCAGCCGUUAAGGACCACCACAACACCCCCAAACCCCGAUCUACCGCCCCUCGAAUGGGGCAACAGCAUCUACCACAUCCGCUUCCCCCACAACCAACCCCUUCAAACCGGCCCCUCCACCACCCACCUCCCACGCGACGGCACCUUCCGCCCCCCCUACGGCUGGAAAUACCACUACUCCCUCGCCGAAGCCGUCGACGCCCCCGAAUACGUCGUCCCCUGGGAAGCCUUUCGGGCGUUAGCGUCGGACUACGGAUUGGAGUUGCUGUAUCGCAAGGGGUUCAGGGAGGUGUUUGACGAUGAGAGUUCGGAUCGCGAGUUGGGCAUGUUGGCGGAGAGGAUGGGGGUUAUGUCCCGGGAUCGGGCGGAGGGGACGGGGGGUUGUUUGGUGAGUGAGGAGGAGAUGGAGGCGGCGGGGUUUUAUUUGGCGUUUUGUUUUUAUAAGGUUUGA